GAAAACCGAUCGCGUUUUCUUUUUGGGUUUUUAUUUAUCUCUGGGAUAGCAUGACGCAAGGCGUGACACACCUCUGGAUCCUUGCAUUAUUUUGGAUAUAGACCGUGGGGAAGUUUCCGUGGUGUCAUAGAGAAAACGCUUCACAUACAGCUAUAACCCUCUGAAGUAAAAGGACCUCUGCAACUUACGUUACUUGGCGUGCUUUCUGUCCUGGGCUACGGCAUGGAGAAAGGCAAACAGGAUGCCUUCGAUAACGCACGGCUCCAGGUGAUCAAGGACGGCUACGAGAGGGCCUUCGACUGCCUCCACAAGGCCCUGACCGAGGACGAGGCCGGGCAUCGGGGCCGGGCCCUGGAGCUGUACCAGCAGGGCCGGCAGCACUUGCUGAGGGCCACCAGCGUGCCGUCGCAGGGGGGCGAGUGUGUGGGCAGCUCCUGGGACGCGGCCAGGCAGAUGCAGGAGAAGAUGAGGGAGACCCUGAACAACAUCACCACCAGACUGGCCAUCCUCGAGACCAGGGACGACGGCGACGCCGCCGCCGACGGAGGACCGGGACCCGGCGUCGCCGCGGCAACGUCAGAGGCGGUCGCCGCGGGCCCCCAGGGUCUUCUCUACCCUAAGCUCUCCACCGAUGAGAAGCCGGGGAAACCGAAGAGGCCGGUCUCGCCGCUGAGGCCCAGCCGCGGCCCCGGAGUGACGCCCGUCCCCUCCGCCCCCCCGCGACCGGCCGGGACCUCCCCCGCCGAGAACCCCCCCGCCUACUCCCCCCAGGCCGCCGACGGACACCUCUCCAUCUCCUACGGGACGGAGAGCGGGGAGCUCUCCCUGGUGGGCCAGGAGUUCUACUCGCAGAAGUCCAACUCCGCCGCCGCCGCCUCCUCCUCCUCGUCCUCCUCCUCCCCCACCUCCUCCUUCUCAGCCCCCUCUCAGAGCCUCGGCGAGGAGGCGGAGGAGCUGCUCUUCCUGCCGCACGGCGUGCAGUUGUUCUUCGUGACGCCCGACGGCCAGGUCAGCGCGCCGUCAUACCCGGGCGUCCUGCGCCUGGUGCGCUUCACCGGCGAGCGGCCGCGAGGAGCCCCCAGCAGACCCCCGGCGUUCCUGCAGGUGUGCGACUGGCUCUACCCCCUGAUGGCCUCAGAGACCCCGGCCCUGCUGUGCAACACGGGGGUCUACAUGUUCCCGGACAUGAUGGCGGCGGCGCCCGGCUCCUACGUGGGCGUGGUCCUGUCCGCGGAGCUUCCCGCCGCCGACCGGGAGCUGUUCCAGGACCUGCUGGCCCAGAUGACGGACCUCAGAGUUCAGCCCCCAGACGAGGCGGCCGACUCCAUCAACCUCAGCCAGAAGGUGCCUCUGGCCCCCCAGCAGGGGGCGACCGCCGCCCUGGUCCCGGCCCGGCCACGGCAGGCCGCGACGGGGGAGGAGGACCCCGAGGAGAACGAGGGCCUGCCCGAGUGGAGCGAGCGAGUGGCCAGUGGCAUCCUCACAGGGGCGUCGUGGCUGAGCUGGGGCCUGGUGAAGGGAGCGGAGUACACCAACAUAGCCAUCCAGAAGGGGGCGUCCAAACUGCGGGAGCACAUCACGCCGGAGGACACCCCCACGCAGGUCAGCCCGUCGGUCGCCAAGAGCCUGCAGGUCGCCAAGCAGGCCACCGGGGGCGCUGUCCGCGUCAGCCAGUUCCUGGUGGACGGCGUUGUCACCGUGGCGGGCUGCGUCGGUCGGGAAAUGGCGCCUCACGUGAAAAAGCACGGGGGUAAACUGAUCCCGGAGUCCAUGAAGAAGGACAAAGAUGGCCGCUCCAACAUUGAAGGCGCCAUGGUGGUGGCGGCCAGCGGAGUACAAGGGUUCGCCACCAUGUGGACCGGCUUGGAAUGCGCAGCAAAAAACAUCACCACGAAUGUCGCUUCAGAAACGGUCACCACCGUAAAACACAAAUAUAGGGGUCUCCAGAGACCCCCAAAGGAGUCUGCCUCUCCCUAACUUAACUCUUUAAUCAAUUGCUGUUAAACUCCUCUCAUUCAUCUCCUGCAUUAACUUUGUUCUCAACUGAUUACCCAGAAUGCAGUUGGGUAGAGUAAUCAUGGCUAGGGUUAAUUCACCCUCCUGCAACCCCCCCCACCCUCUCUGGUCGGGUAUCUGCUCUUGGUGCCUUCUCUCAAGAAAGAUCUCCUGCUCUCUCUCUCUCUCCCCCCCCCCCCCCCCUUUCCGUAAUUAAAAUAUAAUUAAUAGUAUUCCCAUUAUAACAGAUCAGAGGGGAAAGAUUUUGUGGUCCUUAAUUGCCUAAUUGCCGCACAGACGAUGGGUAUUUAUAAGGGGCGACGAUUGGGGGUAGCGAUUGGGUUGGUGAUGAUGACAAUGCAUGGUUGGGAUCCUGCCUUGCAUGUCACCCUGGCCUGACAUCUCUCUCCUUUCUUUUGUUUUUGUCUUUUACACUCGGGUUAUUUCAAACUUUUUUCGCCCUCGUGUCUUUAACCUGUCCGUGUUCCUCUUUCUCUUCCUCUUUUUCCACCUAUGAAUGUUUCUACCCCCCCCCGUCUCUUUCCACCCAUUCUCUGUGAAUCUCUCUCUCUUCCUCUCCUUCCCGCUAACUCCACG